AAGUUCAGUACAUAUGCGGUAACAGAUACAGACGUAGUAUAGUCGUUAAUACAGCAUACUGAUACAUAACUGAAAGUGGUAUCAUGGAUGGUGGGCUUUUAGUGAUUGAUGGCUAAUAGAAGUCCCGGAGUUGCUGUGAUCAUCACAAAUUUGGCUAUCUUUCUGCGACACGAUGAUCUUCUGACUUCUCUGCGUGUCAGAAAAUAUGGCGGCACGGAGCUGCAGAGGCAGACUGAGUAUGAGGGGCUAAUAGGCGGGUAGGGGAAGAUUGUUCUGCCGCCAUAGUACAUUGUCCUGCAGCGGUUCUCCACCGGUUUCUUUUCUACGUUCGUGCCACGAGCCACCAUGGUCGCUGCGGGUCUGAUGGAUGCCGCGAUGGGUCGUGUAGGACUUCUUGGUCCUCCACUGCAAGAUUCCACGAGAACACCGACGAACGUGAGCUCUACCGCAACAUCUGCUAUGAUAGCCGCCUUAACAACAUCUACGAACCCUCUGUCCACGUCGAUGGCCACCAGCACGAAGCAAGCCGUAGAAGAAGGAAACACCUCGAUAACUGCGCCGGAGAACAUCAUCUGGCUCCCCGUGGAGUGGGCCCACCUCCUAGUGGCGUGCAUUUUGUUGUUGUCUUUCAUCGUCGCCUUCUAUGCCGUUGCAGAUCUCCACGGUAGUUGCGACCAGGACCGCUCGUCGUGUUCGUCCUCCGCUGCCAGUGCAGGACCAGAGGAUCAGUUUAUUGAGGAUGAAGAAGCUGUUGACGUUGAGCCGCUUCUCACUGGGAAGACGGGACGAGCGCAGGAGGAUAAGGCGAUGAUCUCGGGGGAGAUUAUUCGAGAUCCAGUCUAUUCAUUCCGCGGUACUAAGGAACUGAUGAGCAGCAGCGACAUAGUAAUUUCAGGGCCGGGGAAGACGGAAUCGACAGACGCUCUGAACAGGACGUCGCCGAAAGCCACACUAAUCGCAGCGAGCAAAAUCGACAUGCGUGCCAGUCGUUACAAGAAGCUCCAGAUGUUGAAGAGCAAAGGAGUAUAGUAUUGCUGGUGGCCCUGUUGUUUUUUGUUGAUGUUCUUGAUCGUCUAUCGUCAGCAUCAUCAUCAGCAUCCGAUGCCUGUCAAUGUCGUUUCGUUGUUUCUGAGCAGCUGUCCUCGUACGGAAUGUUUUAAGAUAUAUGUUAUACGAACUACAGGUAAAAGCACCGUCCCUGUCAAGAGUCGUCCACGAAAAUUGGUUUAUCAACACGGUCUGAACCAUAGCAGGGACCGGAGAACCUGCUCGUGGGAGACAGAAGAAAGUUGAUUUGAACAGCACGACAGGGCAGAGUCAGUGACAGGGUACUUAUCUUGAGAAUACAGUUUGAUGGAGAAAAAAUAACUAAGAAUGACAGUCCUCCUGUGGUUGUUGCAACUAGUAAAGCAGCCCGAGAGAAAAGGGGCGCGAGGCUUCCACGCUAGUAGGCGUAAACAAAUUUAUUUCUAAUGCUCAGAUAGACCAGGAUCAGGUUUCUGUUUCGAAGUCCUUUUUCAUAUCUACAGUGAAGGCACGCAGAAGAUACAGCGUUGAUUGAUACAAGUUGGAUGGGAGUUGAUAUGUAAGCGCUACACGACGAGGGCUUCCUUGAUGAAUUUGAAAAAGUUUAACGAAGUAUAUCUUCUUCAUUUGAAAUAGAAAUGAUAAAGCCUCCACCUGCUGGGGAAGUCAAAUGUUUGUACAAUUUUGUGUGGAGAAGUCGGAAAAAAGAACAAAAGUAGCCGACUGCAGCAUGAUGGUCGUGGAGUAUAGAUUUAGCUGAUACAUCAAUCCUCUAUGGGAUGCUGUUCCAUGGUCCGCAU